ACUCAUAUUCAAUAGCCAUUGUCCUCCGUUCUCAUCUCCUGGUUUCCAGUGAGAUCAACCCUAGCUCCUACUGAUCUUACUAGCUUCAUCUUUUGUUUGAGAGAAUCGAGAUGGGAGUCAAAGGUUUCGUGGAAGGAGGAAUAGCCUCAAUCGUGGCCGGAUGUUCCACCCAUCCUCUUGAUUUAAUCAAAGUCCGAAUGCAACUCCAGGGUGAAAACCACGUCCCCAAUCCGGCAGUUCAAACUCUCCGACCUGCUUUAGCCUUUCAAAACACCUCAUCUGCGGUCCACAUCCCACCUCCGCCGCCACCCGCAGCAGCGCGUGUCGGUCCAGUCGCCACCGGUAUCAGGAUCUUCCAGACCGAAGGCGUGGCUGCUCUUUUUUCUGGCGUAUCUGCCACCGUCCUACGCCAGACCCUCUAUUCCACCACCCGCAUGGGACUCUACGACAUCCUCAAACAGAAAUGGACCGAUGAGGAGACGAAAACAAUGCCUCUCUCCCGUAAAAUCGGCGCCGGAUUAAUCGCCGGAGGGAUUGGCGCUGCUGUCGGGAACCCAGCCGACGUGGCCAUGGUUCGGAUGCAAGCCGACGGACGCCUCCCCGUAUCCCAACGCCGUAACUACACCAGCGUGGUGGACGCCAUCACUCGCAUGAGCAAACAAGAAGGCGUGACCUCCUUGUGGCGUGGCUCGUCGCUAACCGUGAAUCGUGCGAUGUUGGUGACGGCAUCGCAGCUGGCUUCCUACGAUCAGAUCAAAGAAACGAUUUUGGAAAAUGGGUUGAUGAAAGAUGGGCUCGGGACACACGUGGCGGCGAGUUUUUCAGCGGGGUUUGUGGCGUCGGUGGCGUCGAAUCCUGUUGAUGUGAUCAAAACAAGGGUCAUGAACAUGAAGGUGGAGCCCGACCAGAAGCCGCCGUAUGCCGGAGCUUUGGAUUGUGCCAUAAAGACGGUAAAAGCCGAAGGACCUAUGGCGUUAUACAAAGGGUUUAUACCCACAAUCUCAAGACAGGGACCAUUUACGGUGGUGCUUUUUGUUACCCUUGAACAGGUCCGGAAAUUGGUAAAGGAUUUCUAAGGUAUUAAAAGAUGA